GUCAAUAGGUCCGUCUCCGUUUUCGGGGUGGGCGGGGGGAAGGGCUUCCCGCGUGUUCCUCUGGUCUCUGCGCACACAGAGCGCGCUGGCAGCGGCGGCAGCGCACGGCGGCGUCAGUGGAGCAGCAGCAAGCCUAGCUGGGAAGCGGGCGGGGACGUGGAGGCGUCGGCAGCAGCCAUCCUGCCUAGCGCGAGGUGCAAAAUUUCAGCCUUUGAAUAGGAAUGAUUGCAUAAAUACUUCUAAAUAGUGUUUGUCACCUACCCAAAUCUAACCAUGGUGAUCAUGUCAGAUUAUACAGUUGUCCCCACCUCAAACCAAACCCAGCAAAGGCCUCUUCGAGUUGGAUUCUAUGAUAUUGAGAGGACCUUGGGAAAAGGAAAUUUUGCUGUAGUAAAACUGGCUCGGCACAGAGUGACCAAAACGCAGGUUGCAAUAAAAAUAAUAGACAAAACACGGUUAGAUCCAAGUAAUUUGGAGAAAAUCUAUCGUGAGGUCCAGAUAAUGAAACUUUUGAAUCAUCCCCAUAUUAUUAAACUGUAUCAGGUUAUGGAGACAAAAGAUAUGCUUUACAUUGUGACCGAAUUCGCAAAAAAUGGAGAAAUGUUCGAUCACUUGACUUCUCAUGGACACCUGAGUGAGAAUGAAGCUCGAAAGAAGUUCUGGCAGAUCCUUUCAGCGGUAGAAUAUUGCCACAGUCAUCACAUAGUACACAGAGACCUCAAGACAGAGAACCUGCUGUUAGAUGCCAGCAUGAACAUCAAGCUUGCAGACUUUGGGUUUGGAAAUUUCUACAAAUCUGGUGAGCCCCUCUCCACAUGGUGUGGAAGCCCACCCUAUGCAGCCCCGGAAAUUUUUGAAGGGAAGGAAUAUGAAGGUCCUCAUCUUGAUAUAUGGAGCCUUGGUGUGGUGCUCUACGUUCUUGUCUGUGGUUCUUUGCCAUUUGAUGGACCUAAUUUACCAACUCUAAGGCAAAGAGUCCUUGAGGGACGAUUCCGCAUUCCCUAUUUCAUGUCUCAAGACUGUGAAACACUCAUUCGACGGAUGCUGGUUGUGGACCCUACAAAACGAAUCACAAUAGCCCAAAUAAAGCAGCACAAAUGGAUGCAGGCAGAUCCUUCGCUUCAGCAGCAGCAGUGUUUAUCAUUCUCCAUGCAAAACUACAACUCCAACCUGGGUGACUACAACGAACAAGUCCUUGGGAUUAUGCACAGUCUUGGCAUUGAUAGACAGAGAACAGUUGAGUCCCUACAAAAUAGCAGCUACAACCAUUUUGCUGCAAUUUAUUACCUUCUCUUGGAGCGCCUCAAAGAGUACAGAAGCAAUCAGUUGUCAAAUCGUUCAGUAAAUGGCCGUCAGCAAAGGCCACGGAGCUCAGACUUCAGCAACAUUGAGUUGCCUCAGGACAGUUUUGCCAGUGAGACAUUGAGAUCAUCUCUGCUUUACCAGCAUCCCCAGAAUCUGAUUCAGUCGCCAUUGCAGGCAGAAAUGGAUUGUGACAUAAGCAGCCCAUUACAGCCUAUGUUCUUUCCUGUGGAUCCGAACUUCAACAGUCUCUUUAGGAAUCGCUCAAUCUCUCCAAACAGCCUUCUGGAAACUACCAUCAGUGAGGAAGUCAGGCAGGACAAGGAACUGGAGGAGGAAAUUAAAGCCAUUAACCCAGUGCGCCUCCCCAUCAACACAAACCGAAGGCACACAUUGGCUGAAGUCACAACUCAUUUUUAUCAGAGCUCUCCACCAUGUAUAGUGAUUUCUUCAUCUACAAGCCCCACAGAAGGAAGAAGUUCUGACAGCUGCCUCACUUCAUCAUCAAAUAAUAGCUCUGUGACUCUGAGCAAUUGUUUAGAAGAUCAAAUGAUGCUUGGUCACCCAGGCACAACUAGAGUCACAUCAUCAUUUCUGACUUCUCAGUCAGACACACCAGUAUUGCAAGCUCAGGACUGCAUGGGUGGUGCUUCUCUGCUGCCUGUCAGCUUCCAGGAAGGAAGGAGAGCAUCUGAUACCUCAUUAACUCAGGGCUUGAAGGCAUUUAGACAGCAGCUGCGGAAGAAUGCUAGAGCCAAGGGUUUUCUGGGCCUGAAUAAAAUCAAAGGGCUUGCUCGCCAAGUGUGCCAGUCAUCAUCUGCUCGAAUAGCCCGGAACAGCAUGAGCCCUUUCCAGCAUUCUCAGCCAAAUGCCUGCAUUUACAGUAGUGGGGGAAAUGCUGGCAGUGGCAGCUGCAGAGAGAGCAGGAACAUGCUUGAAGAGGUGCUUCAGCAGCAGAGAAUGCUUCAGUUACAACAUCACCAGACAGCCUGUCACCAGACUUCUCAGGUGUCUCAAUCACACACCAUCAUCUUGUCUGACACAAAAGGCAGUAAAUUAUCCAAUUCCCUCCUCUUAUCAGAACUGCAAAGUGGAAACUCAUCAGAGUUGGCCUUUGGCAACACCCAGCUUCUCCAUCCCCAUCUUUUUAGCAUUGGUGUCUCUCCGGUGUCUUCAGCUGCUCAUCUUCUAGACACUCAUCUGCACAUCAGCAACAACACAUCCCCCAUUGCCUCCAUGUUUUCUCAACAGAAUAACUUUGCUGUGCAAUCUCCAGCCUACGAUGCCAUCAGUUUGCAGCAUGGGGACUGUGAAAUGGAGGAUCUUACUUCGGCCCAGAUGGGGAAAUUUGUCUUGGUCAAAUGAGAAGUGUUUGUGUUCUUUGAAUUAAUGCAUCUCCUUUGGGACAGAAUUCCACUCUUACUAAGGUCUGAGGAAGGGUGAUUGACUGUAUUUCACAAUGGUGAAUAACUCUCUGAAGCAAUAACAUGUUUGAAGUAUGUGAAGAGGCCAUUUGGCUUAGUAAAGCUCCUCACUUUAUAGAACUGAUUAAAAAAGCAAUAUAUAUGUAUGUUUUUUGGCUUCAACAAUCCUUGCACUGAACAAAUAUAAUGAGAAACAGAAAGAGAAAUCUUUUAAAGAAAAUAACAGGGAAUAGGGGUUGGGAGGUGGGGCCAGAAAGAACACUUUUCCGGUACUGUAUUAAAGUUAGGCCAAUACAGCUCUGCCAUUAUGCAAGACUUCAAAGAUUGUCAAUGGUUGUGGCAUAGCAGGAAAUGGUUUUUUCAAAGAAGGGACCAGAGCCACCCUAUUCACAAGAUUUAUUUUAUGAAUUUGUGAAGAUGCUUACCUCUUUAAAAAACAAAACACAAAGUGCAGAAGUGGCAAGUAACAUUAUGCAGAGAUAGAUGAACAAUAGUGAAAGUAUUUUGAUGCUUGUUUUAAAGAAAACUAUACCUCUUCUGCUUAUUCCCCCCCCCCCCCAAAAAUGUGUACCUUAAGAAAAAACUGUGAACUUUUUGCUUAGUAUCUCAGAUGUAACAGCUAGAAAUAGUUUGUAGUUGUCAUUAGCAAUUAAUUUACUUUCUUGGGGUGGCUGUUUCCUGUUAUCAGGCUACAGAUUACUUUCAUGUUGCCUUUAUUCUGAAAUGAUAGGAAUAUUUUAUGUAUUGUCAUGGAGUUACUCAUUGCAGCAGUGAUGGGAAGACUUUUAAAAGAAUGUUAUUUUUUUUUUAACUUCCCAUUCCCCCCCAAGCCCUAACAUUGUUUUGAGGUUGCCUAUAGGUUUUUUCAGUGCUGUAUACAUUUAUUGCGGCUGCUAAUAAGUUUUUUAAAAAUGCAUUUCAUUAUCAGGGUCCAAACUGAACCAACUCAUUGGGGAAAGUGCAAUAUUCAGAGCUUUUGACAACGAUACUGACAGUUGAAACGAAGAGAAUAGCACAAAGUGAUACUCUACAAAUAUAGUCUUUUUUAUGAACAAGCUGGUUAAAUUGAGUCAGAUAGCACAAGUUCAGGGUUUUGUUGUUUUGCAUACAAAUAGAUACUUUUU